CACACGUUUACAAACUAUGAGUAUGCUUCAUUAUGAGUAUGAACGAAAAUAUAAAUAUCUCGGUCGAGAAGCGCACAAUUCUAUUAUUUGAAUUUUCGCACACAAAUAUUUUGUUUACCCAUAGCAGUUCAAACUCCAGAGAUUACGUGAACUUUUUUCAAAGAUAACAGGCACUAUGCAUAUUUUCGCUUAUGCUAAAUGAACAUUAUCGAUUGAUUUAAUCGAUCCUUCGUAGACAUUGUUAUGCACUAGGUAUCUAAUGCACAGUUAACAAUUUUGUGUAAAAGCGUGCACGUUAAGAAGCGAAAGAAAAUUAAAGAAAUUGUGAAUACAUAUUUGGUUCGUGUGAUGAAAUUACAUACUAUGAUAAAAAUUGUCGAAAAUAACUAUGUGUAGAAAAAUAGUGAUAACACGUACGUAAUUAUAUUUCAUGGUCAAGAAGAUAGUAGAUAAAGAUUUUCUGAUUAUACGACAUCGAAAAUCUCUCGAGAACUGCUUCAAGUAAAAAGUAGAAACGUCGGUAAAGCGCCAUGUUCUCGCCCCACCGUUUCAUUCGAUCGAAUCUGCAUUUCAUAAGGAGUACAGCGGGCCUUGAAUCAGCUAGUAACAGUGCUACGUUCUCACGAAUAUUGUCGUCAAAACUUCGGCUGGUUCACGAUCAGACGACACAAUCAUUUGCAAGGACAUUCAGUGUUUCAGCUACAAUAAUGGCAAAAAUAAAGGCAGGAGCUGUUGUUGAUAUUUUGGGAGAUGAAAUGACCCGAAUUAUUUGGGAUUCGAUAAAAGAAAAGCUGAUUUUACCAUAUUUAGACAUUGAAUUACAUACGUAUGACUUAGGCAUAGAGAAUCGGGAUAAAACCGAAGACAAAGUCACUGUAGAAUGUGCUGAGGCUGUUAAAAAGUAUAAUGUAGGGAUAAAGUGUGCUACUAUUACACCUGAUGAGAAGAGGGUAGAAGAAUUCAAUUUGAAAAAAAUGUGGAAAAGUCCUAAUGGUACUAUUAGAAAUAUUUUAGGAGGUACAGUCUUCCGUGAGGCCAUCAUCUGUAAAAACAUUCCACGCUUGGUAACUGGUUGGCGUCAACCGAUCAUUAUUGGGAGACACGCCCAUGCUGAUCAGUACAAAGCAACAGAUUUCCUAGUGCCUGGACCAGGCAAACUUGAAAUCACAUGGACUGGGGACAAUGGAGAGAAAAUUCAACACUUAGUAAACACUUUCAAGGGGCCUGGAAUUGCACAAGCUCAAUAUAAUACAGAUGAGAGUAUUCGUGAUUUUGCUCACAGCUCUUUCAAAUAUGCUCUUUCCAAAGAUUAUCCUUUGUAUCUUUCUACUAAAAAUACAAUUCUUAAGAAGUAUGAUGGUAGAUUCAAAGACAUUUUCCAGGAAAUAUACGACAAAGAAUAUAAAAAGCAGUUUGAGGCUAAGAAGCUUUGGUAUGAACAUCGUUUAAUUGACGAUAUGGUAGCAUACGUAAUGAAGUCGGAGGGUGGUUUUGUGUGGUCUUGUAAGAAUUACGAUGGAGAUGUUCAGUCUGAUUCUGUGGCACAGGGAUUCGGAUCUCUAGGUAUGAUGACCUCAGUUUUAAUUUGUCCGGAUGGACGAACGGUAGAAGCCGAAGCAGCUCAUGGUACAGUUACCAGACAUUAUCGUCAAUAUCAGCAAGGCAAAGAGACCUCGACCAACCCGAUCGCUUCGAUCUUCGCGUGGACUAGAGGUUUGCUUCAUCGUGCGAAGCUAGACAACAACGAAUCUUUAGAGAAAUUUGCAGAAACUUUGGAGGCAGUCUGCAUCAAUACCAUUGAGUCAGGUUUUAUGACCAAGGAUCUCGCAAUAUGUAUUAAAGGCAUGAACAAUGUUACCAGAUCCGAUUAUUUAGAAACAUUUGAGUUUAUGGACAAGUUGGCAGACAACCUGAAGAAGCAACUCAAGUGACUACAAAGCCAUUCUUUUGAUGUACAAUCAAAGUAUUAAAGAUAUAUAAAAAGAACGGUAUAAAUCGAUGGUUGAGGGAAAAGAGAUUGUAAACUGUCAUAAAACUACAUAUACAUAUAUACAAAAUCGAGAUUAAUAUAUAGAAAUUUUAACAUUGGAAAUCUAUUGUAUCGAUAGAACAUACUUUUUUAUAUUAUGUAUAUUUCCACCUUUUGUUAUGCUGUAACUGAACAAUUGUAAAUUAAAUCAAAUAUAUAAUUGUUUAUA